GCUUUGGUCCACAUCUCCAAUCGUUUGGCCGAUGGGGACACGGAUUCACUGAAAGGGCUCGUCACCCAUGAGGCAUUGACUGAAAUCCGUGACAAUUUGCCAAAACUAAGUGCCAAACAGUUACAAGAACUGAGAGUUGAUCCCAAAGAUAUUAUCUAUACGUUUGUCGAUACCAUCGGAAUCAUUAUGAAUGACAGUAAAUAUGACACCAAUUGUGUCAACCAUUGGACACCCAAUUAA